CGGCGCCUUCUCUCCCUGCCGGGCUGGCGGCGGCGGCGGCCCCUGGGCUUCCCUGCGAUGGCGCGGCCGGCGGCGGGCCGCUUCCAGUUCGCCAUCGACCGCGGCGGCACCUUCACCGACGUGUUCGCCCGCUGCCCCGGGGGCCGCGCCCGCGUGCUGAAGCUGCUCUCCGAGGACCCGCGCAGCUACCGCGACGCCCCCACCGAGGGCAUCCGCCGCGUCCUGCAGCAGGAGUGCGGCCUCCCGUUCCCAAGAGACCAGCCCUUGGACACGUCGUGCAUUGAGUGGAUCCGCAUGGGCACCACGGUGGCCACCAACGCCCUGCUGGAGAGGAAGGGGGAGCGCCUGGCGUUGCUCGUCACAAAGGGCUUCCGGGACCUGCUGUACAUCGGCACCCAGGCCCGGCCCAGGAUCUUUGACCUGGCAGUGUCCAUGCCAGAGAUGCUGUAUGAAGAAAUCGUGGAAGUGGACGAACGCCUGAUUCUUCAGCAGGAGGGAUGCCAGCUUUUUGGUGGUAGCCAGGCAGUCACAGGUUUAACGGGUGACUCCUUGGUGGUGCAGAGACCGGUGGACUUGGAGGCCCUGCGGGGGCCACUGAAGGAACUGUUGGCUAAGGGGAUCCGCAGCCUGGCCGUGGCGCUUCUCCACUCCUAUGCGUGGCCGAACCAUGAGCAGCAGGUGGGGGCCCUGGCCCGGGAACUGGGCUUCCAGCAGGUGUCGCUCUCCUCCGAGGUGAUGCCGAUGGUGCGGGCCGUGCCUCGUGGCUACACAGCAUGUGCCGACGCCUACCUUACCCCUUGCAUCAGCCGCUACCUUGAAGGGUUUCGGGCUGGCUUUGCUUCCCGGCUCCAGGGCGUGCCUGUCUUGUUCAUGCGCUCCGACGGUGGCCUCACCCCCAUGGACGCCUUCAGUGGGUCUCGCGCCAUCCUCUCGGGGCCAGCAGGCGGAGUUGUGGGCUACGCGGUCGCUACCUACCGCAGGGAGGACGGGCAGCCCGUCAUCGGCUUUGACAUGGGAGGCACGUCCACGGACGUGAGCCGCUACGCGGGGGAGUAUGAACAUGUCUUUGAGGCCACCACGGCCGGCAUCAGCAUCCAGGCCCCACAGCUCGACAUCAACACCGUGGCAGCAGGAGGCGGCUCGCAGCUCUUCUUCAGGUCGGGACUCUUUGUCGUUGGCCCGGAGUCUGCAGGGGCCCAUCCUGGCCCCACGUGCUACCGGAAGGGAGGGCCUCUGACUGUGACAGAUGCCAACCUGUGCCUGGGCCGUCUUCUGCCCGAAUAUUUUCCUUGUAUCUUUGGGCCACAUGAAGACCAACCGCUCUCACGGGACGCCACCCUGCAUGCCUUUCAGGAGCUCGCUGCCAACAUCAACGCCUUCUUGGGGCCCUGCUCAGCCCUCAGUGUAGAGGAGGUGGCCAUGGGCUUCAUCCGAGUGGCCAACGAAGCCAUGUGCAGGCCUAUCCGGGCCUUGACGCAGGCACGGGGCCACGAUACGUCGCAUCACGUGCUCGCCUGCUUUGGCGGCGCUGGGGGGCAGCACGCCUGUGCCAUUGCUCGGACCUUGGGCAUGAGCAAAGUCUUCAUCCACAAGUACAGCGGGAUCCUAUCGGCCUAUGGACUGGCUCUGGCCGACGUGGUGCACGAAGCCCAGGAGCCCUGCGCCCUGCCCUACGCCCCCGAGGCCUACGCCCAGCUGGAUGAACGCAUCGCAGCCCUGGCAGAGGAGUGUGUCCGAGCUCUGGAGGCCCAGGGCUUCACCCGGUCCCAGAUCAGCACGGAGGCCUUCCUUCACCUGCGCUACGAGCGAACGGACUGUGCACUCAUGUGCUCGGCUAAGGGCUACCCGGCCACUCCCACCUCCUGCCGCUCCGGCAACUUUGGCGCUUCCUUCGCUGCCAGAUACUGGCAGGAGUUUGGCUUCACCAUCCCCAGCCGAGCCAUCCUGGUGGAUGACGUCAGGGUGAGGGGCACGGCUACAACUGGGCCGGGCCCAGAAGAACCGGUCCCUGCCAGUGAAGCAGCUGCACGCGUGGAGAAGGUGGCUCGCUGUUAUUUUGAAGGUGGCUACCAGGACACCAACAUCUACCUGCUGGCGCAGCUCUCCUGGGGCCACCGCAUCCCGGGCCCCAGUAUCCUUAUCGAUCAGAACAGCACCAUCCUGGUUGAGCCGGGCUGCACUGCGGUCGUGACCCGCCUUGGUGACAUCUGCAUCACAGUGGGAUCUGGGGUGGUACGUCCCGUUGGCCCCGAGGCUGACCCCAUCCAGCUGUCCAUCUUCUCCCACCGCUUCAUGAGCAUUGCAGAGCAGAUGGGACGCAUCCUGCAGCGCACAGCCAUCUCUACCAACAUCAAGGAGCGACUGGACUUCUCCUGUGCCCUCUUUGGGCCGGAUGGGGGGCUGGUGUCCAAUGCCCCUCACAUCCCAGUCCAUUUGGGGGCCAUGCAAGAAACCGUGCAGUUUCAGAUCCGGAGCCUGGGCUCAGACCUCCAUGAGGGGGACGUGAUCCUGAGCAACCACCCGUGUGCCGGUGGCAGCCACCUGCCGGAUCUGACGGUCAUCACUCCGGUGUUUUGGCCGGGAGAGCCCAGGCCCGUGUUCUUUGUGGCCAGCCGGGGGCACCAUGCGGACAUUGGGGGCAUCACUCCUGGCUCGAUGCCCCCCCACUCACACUCCUUGCAGGAGGAGGGGGCCGUCUUCAUUUCCUUCAAGCUAGUCAAGGAUGGAGUCUUCCAAGAGGAGGAGGUCACCAAGGCGCUGAUGGCUCCGGGGCUUAUUCCUGGCAGUAGCGGCACGCGCAGUCUCCAGGACAAUCUCUCUGACCUACGUGCUCAGGUGGCAGCCAAUCAGAAGGGGAUCCACUUGGUGAAUGAGCUGAUUGGUCACUAUGGGUUGGAGGUGGUGCAGGCCUACAUGGCUCACAUCCAGGCCAACGCAGAAGUGGCAGUUCAGGAGAUGCUGCGGGACUUUUCCAGGCGCCAGGGAGAGGCGGGGCAGCCCUUGCUGGUGGAGGCAGAGGACUUCAUGGACGAUGGCUCCCCCAUCCGCCUAGAGGUGGCCGUGGACCCCAAGGAGGGCAAGGCCGUCUUUGAUUUCACGGGGUCUGGCCAUGAGGUCCAUGGGAACUGCAACGCACCCCGGGCCGUCACCCUGUCAGCCCUGAUCUACUGCUUGCGCUGCAUGGUGGGGCAGGACAUACCACUCAACCAGGGCUGCCUGGCUCCGGUGAGGGCUGUCGUCCCCAAGGGCUCCAUCCUGGACCCCUCCCUAGACGCCGCUGUGGUGGGGGGCAACGUGCUGACCUCCCAGCGGGUGGUCGAUGUGAUCCUCCGAGCCUUCGGGGCAUGCGCAGCGUCUCAGGGCUGCAUGAAUAACGUCACCUUUGGCAACGAGCGUGUCAGCUACUAUGAGACGGUGGCUGGGGGCUCGGGGGCAGGGCCUGGCUGGCACGGAAGGAGCGGCGUGCACACCCACAUGACCAACACGCGCAUCACGGACCCUGAGAUCUUGGAGAAGCGGUAUCCUGUGAUCUUGAAGCGUUUUGAACUGGCCCGAGGCACGGGGGGCGCUGGGCAAUUCCGAGGUGGCGACGGGAUCCGGCGGGAGCUGCAGUUCCGGGAAGAGGUGGUCCUGUCGGUGCUGAGCGAGCGGCGAGCCUUCCGGCCGUACGGGCUGAAAGGUGGGGAACCCGGCUCCCCAGGGCUGAACCUGCUGAUUCGUCAGGAUGGCCGGAUCCUCAACCUGGGUGGGAAGACAUCCGUGACUGUGCAUGCCGGGGACAUCUUCAGCCUGCAGACCCCCGGAGGAGGCGGCUUUGGACCACCCACGGAGGCUGUGCAAGCCGAGGAGAGGCAGGGGGCGCCCCCCAGAGCAAGGCACUUUGCAGAGCGCGGCAGCCUCUGUGACUAUCGCCUGGCCCAGGAGACGGCGUGAAGACCUGCCCCUGGCCCCACCCCAGCUCUUGGGGACGGAGGGCAGAAAGGGGUUGUCUGUGUGUGGAUAUUAUUCAGCCUUUGGCCAGAGGGAAGCAGUGGGGGGGGGGCAUCCUCUCUGCCUAAACUGUGGGCGGGGGGGGGUGCCCUGAUCCCCCCCUGCUUUGCUCCCUGCAGCCCGUCCUGGAGUGGGGAGAGCUGUCCUCUCUUUGGAAGCCCGGAUGAGUCGGGAGCUGGUAGUGGGCGAGGAGGGGGAAAUGGCCUGAGCAAGCGGAGGCCUUACCGUAGCAAGGCCAGCGUUGCUUCCAGGCAUUUGGCGCUGCCUUGGGCCUCCGGCUUCACUCCUGCCUGGCCUGUUCCACGGCAGUGCUCGGCUGCCAGUUUUGGAGAGUUGGGCCUCGUGUGACUCCGUAGCCGGGGGAUGCUCUUCUUCCCCCGCUGUGAGCUGCUAAAUGGGGGUCCCUGAGGCUGCCCUGACGGCUGCUGCUCCAGCCUCCGGGCCUAAGCACUCCUCUCCUCUCCCCGUUGUCUUGGGGAGGCUCCCUUCUUUGCAGACGGGACACGCUCCGCGGCGCUUCCUGAGCCAGGAGGCCUGCUGGGGGUGCAUCCAGGGCACGCAGCCAACUGCUCUGGGCUUCCCUGGCUGUGGGGGCGGCGGCAGGAGUCCCCCUCCCUCCGUGGCGCUUCCUUGCCUGGGGGGCGGGGGGGGCACUUCCCCUGUAGAAAGCACACUCCUUUUCCCUGGAAGAGGGCUCUUUGGGACUGAGUCAUGGCUUCCCUUCCGAGUCCUCGGGGUGAAUAAAACCUUAAUGUGCAAUUCAGAGCUGGCUUGUGGUCAUUUGGGCUGGGAAGUGGUGGUGGUGGGGGAUUCCUAGCUUGCGCUCAUGCCUUGCCCUGAAGGCUGCUGGGCCUGUUGUUAGCAAGGCUUCUCUGACCUGUGGGGCAGGAGAGCUGGCCUGCGUCCCAAGACCGUCCCGUGCCAGCUUCCAUGGCAGAGGGCAGCCAUCCACCCCACUGGAUGCUGCCUCCUGGGGAGGGAAGGAAGGACGGACAGAAGGCGCUUGACCAGGCAAUGUGCACAGGGGCCGCUUUAUGCUCCCCACCCCCAUCACAAGUCAGAUUCUCCAUUUUUACGUAAAGCGAACUGGAAGUAUCACCAAACGUCGUAAGUACAAGAUGCGUCUCUUAAGCACGUGCUUUGGACCUGUCCAGUUAUUCAGUCCUUUGGGGAGGAAGUCAUUACUCAUGUUAUAUUAGAAUACUCAUUUACUUUUGAGGAUGUUUAUGUACUUUUAAACGACUUGCCUGUCUCAUGGAACUAACUAACCCUCCGUGCCUUUACAGUUGCUGAAAGACUUUAUGCUACAGCAUUGGCAAGUCCAGCCCACUUCCCAUAAUCGAUUGGAUUGAGGGCUUUAUAAACUUAAUCAACGUUUGAAUGUAUCACAUAUAGACUGCAAUUGCAUAUGAACUUAUUUUUUAGAUAUUUGGAGACCUUUUAUAGAAGCCUAUGUAUAGAUUUGCCGGCAUUUUUUUUGUUUUGCAUGAAUAAAUAGAAGAUUUAAAUAAAAAACCCAUAUGUUAGUACCAAAACCUCAAUAAAAGAAAGUUUUAAAAUG